AGGAAAAUCGCUUGAACCCAGGAGGCGGAGGUUGCAGAGAGCCGAGACCCGAGAUCAAGCCACUGUAGUCCAGCCUGGUGAUAGAGCAAUACUCCAUCUCAUAAAGAAAAAAAGAGGAGUCUCAUCUUGUAAUGAAAAAGGCCGGCAGCCAAUAGCCAACAGUAGGGGGGAGAGGAAUGUAGCGAUGGGAGAGAGGAGGGUGACCUUGUUCCAGGGAAGAUGAUCUCUGCCUCUCCCGUCAAGGGGACAGCCUGUUAGCCUAGGGAUCACGGGGUACAGUCUGCUCCUUUUUUAUGAGUAACCUCAUCCCCUUUCCCCCAGUUUCUUUUCCUCCUCACUCAGAGUUCAGUGGAGCUAUCUCAGAUUCAAGUAAAGCUCAGAAGAGCACAGCACACAAACAUGCAGACCCGACCUGGCCUUUCGUCCCCAGCACAGGCUCUUCCCAGGCCUCUCAGCACAGCUCUCCAGUGCUCACAGAAGGAAUGCUCGGCCUGGCAGCUUCCAGCCAUCUCUGCAUCUCCCCUUCAGCUGGCAGAGCUGAUGCCCUCCGGCUUCUGACUGCCAAGCCUCACGCAGACCUUGUUUUGGACUGAUCUUGUCCAUUCCCUCCUCAGACCUCAGCCAUGAAACACCCUCUUCUUGAGUUUUCCCCAGUCUCCAGGAAGCCCAAAGUCACAUUCAGGGUUUGUGCUGGCUACUUUGAGGUUAACCCAAACUCUUUCUGUCUCUUGUUGACAGACUUAGACUUAGGUACUUUCCUGAGGCUUUCUACUUCCUUUAGACGGCGUCUCUGCCCUUUAAAGUUGACACCUCUUCAUCACCCACCUGUUGCAUAUAAACCACUUCUACUCCAAUGUCCCCUCCCAGCACCAGAGAUGGUAGAUUUAGGGGUGUUGAAAAAAGCAAGAGCGGGAACACCAAGCCCCACCACACAUAUCUCCUCCCCAAACCAUCUCUACCAUAGCAUGAUCCUCCACGGUUCAGAGAGAGGAGAGCGCUUCCUGGGUCAGUGUACUCUAGAGGGGAGGAUGGUAACAUGGAGUCUAUUUGUAAACCUGGGGACAAGGGGAGACCAAGGAAUGAGAGAAUCUGGUGGGAGGCUCUCCUGGCAUGGUGUUCUCUCCCUACCUCACCACCCUCCAUGUCCAUCUGGAGCCUCCCACCGGAGCUCUGCUCUUACAGGUUUUCUGGGAGAAGGUGGCUUAAGGCUGAGACACUUAUGCCCUGGGCCAGCCACUGGGUUCCUAUGCUCCGCUUCACUCCUAGUUACCAGAAAGGCGCAAUCUGGAUGAGUGGAAGGAGAAGGUUCAAACUCUUCACCAGACCACAUGCUGCAGCUGCGAGCACCUGCUUACAGGGAGCCCUGGGGGUUGGGGAAGUCCAGGAGCUAAAUUUAGUCCAAAGGCUGCAACUUAAAUUGGCCACUUGCAGCCCAGAGCAAGCCCGAGCCCCUAAGCAGCGGGGAGAUGUCGCCGCCUCGAGCAACUCCGUCGCCCGCCGCGGGGUUCAGGUGUGCUCGGAGGGCAGCAGCCAGCGAGUUCCCCGCCUCCGAGGCCCCGCGUUCCCGGCCGUGCCCGGCGGGGCUGCUGCUGCGGCACCGCCCCUCCCGGCAGCCCGGCUUCCAGGAGACUCGGCCUCAGCUCCGAAGGGCCGGGGUCAGGGAGCCGGCGUGAUGGCAAAGGCCUGCCCCCCUGCGGCCGCCUCUAGCAAGUUCUCUACCUUGAGAGAAGGGGGGGAGGGAGGCGGCCCGGCUGAGCCAUCUCUGAGGAAUGUGGCUUUGGCAGGACACCCCGUGCUGCCCGCUGCUCCCCGCUCCCCGGCCGGGCUCCUCCUCCUCCAGGGGAGGGUUCGGGGCAGGAAGGAGAAGCCCCAGAGCGUAGGGCGAUGCGGAAGGCAGAAAGGGGGACAGAGGCAGGGACAGAGGCAGGGCCAGGGGAAGGGGAAAAAAGAGCUUCGGCAAGCCAGCUGCCCUCCGGUCUGGCCCUGGUGGAAAGGCGAGACUUCCCGGAGAGAUUCGGCCCACCAACAAGCGCACGGCGCCGCGCGGCCCGGAGGCCCAGCGCCCCACACACCUCGGCUGAGCGCACUGGUGACCUCUAGUGGCCCAUGACCAGCCUGCAGGGCCUGGGGCUGGCGGGGUU